AUGCUCCGCGUGUGGAGGGCCUCGGGCCAGGAGCUCGCAGCCCUGUCCAUGGAGGAGCUCAGCAACGUGAAGGCCCUCAAGCGACAGCUGCGCGCGCUCCACGGCUUCCCCGUGUGCGCCCAGCAGCUCCUGCACGAGGACCGCCUCCUUGAGAACGACGCCAAGCUGACGGCUCCUCUGGACUUGCAGCUCGUGCUGCAGCCGAUCUCUGCGACCCAGAUACCCGAUGCUAACACUGAGCUCGUUUUGUACGCAGCGCUGGGCGGCCACGUGGCAGUUGCCCGCUUCCUCCUGGGCGCAAGCUUUACAUUGGACGUGGAGGGAGCCCUGGUUCUUGCCUCUGAAAGCGGGCACACGGAGUUCGCCCACUUGAUGCUGGAGGCGGGGGCUGACAAAGACUGCCGGGACAAUGGUGGGAGGACGGCUCUCAUCAGAGCAUCGCUCGCCGGCCAGCUCGAGGCGGUCCAGCUGCUCCUGGAAGCGGGCGCCGAGAAAGACACGCAGGACUCUGAGCAAAGGACAGCUCUCCAUUGCGCCUCUGACCGCGGCCACGUCGAGAUUGCGCGCUUGCUGUUGGAAGCCGGCGCAGACAGACACUUGAAGGGCAGGUAUGGUAUGACCGCCCUUACCUGCGCAAGUGACCGAGGCUACAUUGAGGUUGUGCAUUUGCUCUUGGAUGCGGGGGACGACAAAGACGUGAAAGCCCGUGACUACGUGACAGCCCUUACCCGUGCAUCCGAGAAAGGUCACGUCGAAAUGAUUCGCUCUCUGCUGGGUCGCGUGACGGAUGCUGACAAGGACUUCAAGUACCGAUAUGGGCUGAUGACCGCCCUCAUCUGUGCAGCUGACAAGGGCCACGCCGACACCGUGCGCGUGCUGUUGAAGGCCGGUGCUGACAAGGGCCUGCAGGACCCUGUGAAGAAGGAGCUUCGGUGCUACGGUGAUACGGCCUUGAUUCAUGCGUCGGCCAAGGGCCACUGUGAGGUGCUGCGAUUGCUCCUGGAAGCCGGUAUGGACGUGGAUGUGAGAGACAGGGAUGACAGGACGGCUCUCAUGCAUGCGUCCGAUGAGGGCCAUGUGGAGAUAGUGCGGUUGCUGCUGGAGGCCGGCGCCAGCAAGGACCUGAAGAGCAGCUACCUCGACCAGACGGCCCUGAGUUGCGCAUCUGACAAGGGCCACGGUGCCGUGGUGCAGCUGCUGUUGGGAGCAGAGACUGAGAAGAGCUUCCCUGCUCGUUGCACAGACAGCAUGCUUUCGCUCUGA